GGCGCACGGGGCCACGAGUGCCGGGCGCGCGCCUGGGGGGAGGGGCGCGCGCGCCAGACGACGGGCCAGGGGAGCCCUAGGGAGCCACUAUAGGGCAGACGGCGCGCGCGUCCCCGAGGGGCUAGGAGCCGCGAGGCGGCGGCGGCGGGCUUGCGCGCGCGGUGCCGCCGCUGGCUCAGUUCUCCUCUCCUCCCCUCCCCCUCGCCGCCCUCGCUCUCCCCCGGGCGGCCGGAGACGGCGGCGGCGUCUGCGGGAAGCCGUGUGUCUCCGCAGUGACGUGGGCGGGCCGAGGGCUCGGUGACGUCAGAGGGCUGUGUGUAGCGAUGUGUGUGGGGUUCGGAGCGGCGCCGGCACAGCCAAGGGGAGCGGGCGAGCGGCGGCGGCGGCGGCGGCGGCGGCGGCGGGCACAGAUUAAUUAAAAGAAGAAUGAACAGUAAUCCUUGAAGAUAACUGGGCAGAUUUUUCUUUAGGUUUCAUUUUUAAUCACAGAAAUUCAAGUGGAUUCAGAGUCUCUUGUUACUGGUGUGAGGGUUUAUUCAAGCCUUCAUUUUGUUCACACAGACCAACAGAUCAUUUUUAGAGAAGAUAUUCCCGCACCCCCCCAUUUUUUUGUGUGUCCUUGGUGCCAAAUACUAAAUUUGGGUGCAUAAUUUUGACACGUGAUUUUUGACACAAGCAUAAACUUUUUGGGUGUUGUGCCUAAAACUAAACCAAACUGUUGCAUUGAACUUGGACAUCUUGAAUUGAGAGAACUGAUAACUUUAUUUUAGUACAUAUACCUGAAGAUUAAAAAAAAAAAAGUUUCCUAGGAGGUGUGCCUCUUAAAAUUAUUCUUUGUUAUUAGACAUAAUUUUUUUUAUAGUACUGGCAGUACUUAUACUGAAGUAUUAGCAGAACCAAACAAAGUUGCAAAAUCUAUUGAGUAGUGUAGGGAUAUCUCUUUGGAAAUUUAAAUUUUCUUUGAGAAUAAGUUACCAUAAGAAUUGGUACACAUUAAUUCUCUCUCUUAAAAUAAGCAACUAAAUAAUAAUGCAAAUUUCAGACUUACUUGUUUAACACAGUAGUUUUUAGCAAUGGAAAACCUACAGGCAAAUUUUUCCUUGGUUCAGAGCUCAAAUAAAAAAUUGAAUGGGAUGGAAGAUGAUGGCAGCCCUCCGGUGAAAAAGAUGAUGACAGACAUUCAUGCAAAUGGAAAAAUGAUGAUAAACAAGUUGCCAGCAGUAAAGAAGGAACACUUGGAUGACUAUGAAACACCAAUGGAAACCAACGAAGAGCAUGUCAAGAGGACCUGUGCCUCUGUGCCUGAACCUUUACAUUUAAAUCCUAGUUUGAAACAUACUUUGGCACAAUUCCAUUUAAGUAGUCAGAGCUCUUUGGGUGGACCAGCAGCGUUUUCUGCUCGGUAUUCCCAAGAAAGCAUGUCACCUACGGUAUUUCUGCCUCUUCCAUCUCCUCAGGUUCUUCCUGGUCCACUGCUCAUCCCUUCUGAUAGCUCCACAGAACUCACCCAGACUGUGUUGGAAGGGGAGUCUAUUUCUUGUUUUCAGGUUGGAGGAGAAAAGAGACUCUGUUUGCCCCAAGUCCUAAAUUCUGUUCUCCGAGAAUUUUCACUCCAACAAAUAAAUACAGUGUGUGAUGAAUUGUACAUUUAUUGCUCCAGAUGUACAUCAGACCAGCUUCACAUCUUAAAGGUCCUGGGAAUACUUCCAUUCAAUGCCCCAUCCUGUGGGCUGAUCACAUUAACUGAUGCACAAAGACUAUGUAACGCUUUAUUGCGGCCACGCACCUUUCCUCAAAAUGGUAGUAUACUACCUGCAAAAAACUCAUUGGCCCAGUUGAAGGAAACUGGCAGUGCCUUUGAAGUGGAACAUGAAUGCUUGGGCAAAUGUCAGGGUUUAUUUGCACCCCAAUUUUAUGUUCAGCCAGAUGCUCCAUGUAUUCAGUGUCUAGAGUGCUGUGGAAUGUUUGCACCCCAGACGUUUGUGAUGCAUUCUCACAGAUCACCGGACAAAAGGACUUGCCACUGGGGCUUUGAGUCAGCCAAAUGGCAUUGCUAUCUUCAUGUGAACCAAAAAUACUUGGGGACACCUGAAGAAAAGAAACUGAAGAUAAUUUUAGAAGAAAUGAAGGAGAAAUUUAGCAUGAGGAAUGGGAAGAGGACUCAAUCCAAGAUAGAUACACCGCCAGGAAUGGAAUUGCAGUCAUGGUAUCCAGUUAUAAAACAGGAAGGUGACCAUGUCUCUCAGACACAUUCAUUUUUACAUCCCAGCUACUACUUAUACAUGUGUGAUAAAGUGGUUGCACCAAAUGUGUCACUUACUUCAGCUGUACCUCAGUCUAAAGAGGUCACAAAGACAGAGGCAAGCAAAUCUAUACCAAGACAGUCAGAGAAGCCUCACAGUAGUGGGAAACAUCAAAAAAUAGUGUCUUAUCCAGAUGUCUCACUGGAGGAACAAGAGAAAAUGGAUCUAAAAGCAAGUAAAGAAUUAUAUAGCCACCUAGAUCCAUCAGUCUCGAAUAAUUCUACCAGCAAAAAGAAACCUGAGUCUGCCACUUGCAGCUUAGUCAGAGACACAAGCAAAUCAGGAACUGACUGUGAUGUUGCAGCUUCAUCUCCAUUUCUUGUCAAAGAUGUCACUUGUGAGGACGAUAAGGGAAAAAUCAUGGAAGAAGUAGUGAGAACUUACGUAAAACAACAGGAAAAACUGAACUCAGUUUUACAGAAGAAGCAACAACUUCAGAUGGAAGUUGAAAUGUUGAGUAGUUCAAAAGCUAUGAAGGAACUUACUGAAGAACAGCAGAAUUUACAGAAAGAGCUUGAAUCUUUGCAGAAUGAACAUGCUCAAAGAAUGGAAGAAUUUCAUGUUGAACAGAAAGACUUAGAGAAAAAACUAGAGCAGGUAAUGAAGCAAAAAUGUACCUGUGACUCAAAUUUAGAAAAAGAUAAAGAGGCUGAAUAUGCAGCACAGCUGGCAGAACUGAGACAGAGACUGGACCAUGCUGAGGCUGAUAGGCAAGAACUCCAAGACGAACUCAGACAGGAACGGGAGGCAAGGCAGAAGUUAGAGAAGAUGAUAAAAGAGCUAAAGCUGCAAAUUUUGAAAUCAUCAAAGACUGCUAAAGAAUAGAAACCUUCAAAGAAAUCCAUCUGUGUGUUCCCAACAGGGUUUAUUUUUAUUUGUUUGUUUACUUUGGUAAAUGGAUUCUGAACAAUUUAUCUGCAUGAAAUAACGGCAUUCUAUCCAUUUGUAGAUCAGAGAAAGUGAAGAGAUUAUAUAUUAGUAUAUAAAUUUUUACAUUUUCCAAAUGAAUGAAAAUGUAUGUUCCUUUGUACUUUUCCUUUCAACCAGCUUCAAACCAAUACUUUGCAGUUUCAACUAUUAGAUAUGAUGCCUAUAUUUCUAAUGCAGUUUAACGAUUGCAUACUUUUUAAAAGCUGCAUUGUGUGAUGGAAAAUAGUUUUGAUCAAUUUUGUUAUCCAUAUUUUAGACUCAAUUUUAGAUACAAUGGUGGCUUCAUAUUUCAUAUAUAGAGCUACUCAAGGAGUUGUCCAUUUUUUUCAUUAACAAUCUCCUUUCUAAGUUGAAAGUAUACUCAUUAUUCAUCUUGUGGCAUGAAUUUCCACCAGUUCCUUUCUAUUUAAUGUCUCCUAAGAGACAUUUUGUCAGUAGAGGAAUUUCAUUGAUGAAGUUAUAGCACACCCCAAGGGAAAAGAUAACAUGCUUUCUUAUACACUGCUGUUAAACUCAAGAACCAGUUAUAAUUAGAUUUUCUGUUUAAAUGUGGUUAUAUUUAGAGAAAGUUUUUUAUGCAGCAACUUUAGAAGAGGGAAUAAAAUGUCAUAAUUUUUGAACUUUUGUUUAUGUUGUUAAUAGUGUUGUGAAAAUAUUAAUGUACUUGAGAAAAACUGAUACCAUUGAUGUACAUCGGUUUCUAUAAAAUCCAUAAUCCUCCUGUACAGUUUUUAUAUGUAGUUGUGGGUCUUACUGAAAUUUAUAUAAUGGAUUUGUUUUCCUUUAAAUUGUAAGAUAUUAAACACUUUGAAGGUUAUUUUGGACUUUUGUAUGUUUAAAUGUUAAGUCUUACCAAAUGUGCAUGAAUGGACCAUUUUCAAUUAUUAUUUAAUAUCAAAAUCAGGAAUUUACAGUCAACUAGUAGUGUAUGAUAGAUUAAUAUAGGGAAGUUUACUUAUCUGCUAGAUAGUUUUUAGAAGACAGAAAUUCCAUAGUUUGGGGAGGGACAACUUCUUCUGCACUUUUUUUUUGCACAGAAAAGUCUAUCAUUAAUGGCAAACUUCAUGUUAGUUAAUUCUUGGCUUAAAAGAUCCUAGGUAAAAUUCUUAGUAUGCAUUUUUUAAAAGAAAGUUUCCUGAAGCUACCAUUAAUUGACAUGAUUAUCCCAUGAAUUUAAUUUUUAUAUUCUUGUGUAUGGUACUAUAUGAAAUUACUUGAGAGCUAAAUUUAUUUUAUAAAUCAGCUAAAGUUAAGGUUAUUUACUCUUCCCAUCAUAGACAGUAGAUGCUUGGUAUAGAACUUCAAAAGUAAGUAGGUUAUCAUUUAGCCAGUUAUUUUCAUAUUUUGCUUAAUGGUACUGAUAUAGCCUAAAAGAAUUUUUGUACUUCCCAAAGUAUAGUUUCUUUACUAAAGUAUCAUCUAAAUGUGUAUUUUCUAUUUUCCAUUUAAGUUUUACUGUGUUAACUCUGCAAUUUAAUUGGUCAGUCCUUGGAAUCUCCUUAAGGAAGAACACAUGUUAAAAUGACAUACAGGAAUAAAUAUUAAAAAUGACAUAUGCUUCUAAUACUUUUUAUUUGCCUUUAUCAUCUGGAGAAAGAAAAACACAAAGAUAUGACACAGUUUCGUUUUAGUUAUGGGUUAGUUGCGUCACAGCUAAACUUUUGGGGAGGUAAAACUCAAGUCUGUAUAAUUUAUUUUUCUAUUUCACUCAAAAUCUACUUAUGUUAUUUAGUUAAAAUGAUAAGCUAUUGAAGUUUCAACUCAAAGACAUCUAAAAUAAUUUGUUUAAUCAUUAAAAUAUGUUUUUAAAAAUUCUGAGCAUUGCUUUAAUCACCUUUAAAUUAUCAUAAGCUCUUAAUUUAUUAGCUUUGAAUAAAGAACUAUUUUUUCUAGUCCUUCACAUAAGGGAAACUUGCCACAUGAAAUUGUAUAGUCUUCAUUUUUCAGAAGAUACAUUAAUGUGCCAUCAGUUUCUAACUUCUUUGAAAAUAGUGUUUUGUUUUUUUUUAAGCCAAUUGUAAAUAGUAUGCCUAUUCUAGAUAAAAGCAAUUUUAAGUUAAACUGUACCACAUAGCUUGAAAGUAUAGAGACUUUGUAAUACUUUACAAGUGGCCUCUGCUAAAAAUAUCUUAUCCAUAUAAUUAUUAUUCUUUGCAUGCUCAUUUUGUGUGUUGGUUGUUAGCUUAAAGUUUGUUUUAAUGUUAACUUUUGUGUGCCAACUCAUCAGGCAAACAUAUUUUCCCUCAGACUUCAUAAUAUUUUUCUUUUUAGGAAAAAUAUAAAAAUAUUUACUUUCAAAAGCUGUGUUAAAGGAAUGACAUAUCAGAAGUGCUAGAGCAUCUUUAAAAGGAAGAAAAGAUAGAAUAUUAGUUGACUGGGUGAUGAGUUGAUGUUAAAUUUGAAUGAUGAUAGUUUCUGUAUUCUAAACUUGAUGAGAAAAGGGUACCAAAUCUAUUGUAAAACCUGCUGUUAUUGAGGAAGCUCUGAACAACCCUGGUUUCACAAAUAACACUUUGAAAGAAUUUGACCAAUAAUGUAAGUUUGGCUUGUGCUUUAGUUUUGUAAGGCAUACUCUUUUGCUUGAAUUUCUGUGUCCAGGAGAGUUUGGAUGUUUUAUGGUUCUUGAACUAAUUUUAUAAUAUAUUUAAUAUAUUACCAGUUGAGAUAUAAAAUAUAAAACUUGUACAUAUUGAAUUAAAAACCAGUUGCUAAAGUAGGUGUAGUAGACUGAGUACAGUGAUACUUGCAGGUUACCCAUAUGUUCUAGAAGUCAUGACAGAACGACCGAUUCAUUUACACGUCUUUGGUUUCUGUUUGAAGGAAAGUGAAAUGAUAAAGAAAUUUGAGCAAUAUAAUACAUGCUCAAAGUUAUUUCCCUAUGAGGAGUAGUAAAGCUGGUGCUGAAGAUUUUUGACCAGUUUCUAAAGUUUUCUUCUCAAUGACUUAUGUUUUGAUUGCUUAGGGAAGAAUCCUUACUUUUAUUUGCUCUUAUGCAUUUAAUCCACACGACAACAUAUUACAGAUUAAUAGAAUGAAAAGUUGUGCUCAUACUGUACAUUUAUUUCUGUGCUUAAAACUACUUGUUAGUUUUUAUUGAAGCUGCCAGCAAUAAGGGACACAUUACUGCUGUACCAUACAUUGUGAGAUUGAAUAAACAGCUUAAAUUUUUUUCCUGGCGUAAGACACUUAAGCAUUUCCAUUAUUGGAAGGAAUUUGUAUGGGUAUUCUAUAUUGCAUCUUGUUUAAAAGGACAGUGUUUUUUGUUUUUUUUUUUUGUAAAAUCCAUUUUAAAUGGCUUCUAAACUACUUAAUGCAAUUUGGAGCCUGUUUUUUUUAGUGAGAGUAGUAAAUGUUUUAUAUAGUGCUACUGUGUUUGAAUUAAAGAGAACAAAUGUAAAAACUGAAAUUAAAAAAUUAGGCCUAGAAAACAAAAUAGUGUAUUAAGUUAGUUGAAUGUAAAAGAAAUUUAUAAGAUUUUUUUCCUUUAAUAUAGAUACCUCACUUGAAAAUAAAGCACAGCAUACUUAAAGUAGUUAUAGUUUUUAAAAAAAAUCCUACUAAAAGAAUUGCUAAAUCUUGAACAACUCUUGGGAAGAAUUGUAGUUUGGGAGAAAUAAAAUAUACUUGCUUUUAACCAUCCUGUUAGAAAUAUUUAUUUAUCCUGAUAAUUUUAAGCCAACACAGUAGUCUUAAAUUAUUUCUGAAUUUCUAAUCUGUGAAAGCAGUAAAUGAAAGAUCUGUCGUGCAACUGUUGAAACAAAUUGUUGACUACAUUGACCAUAAUUCAAUUUAAAAUCUUGCCAAUGAUGUACAGUUUUAUGGUUAAAAUUGCUGUGGUUGGUUGCAUUACAUGACACACAAAACUGUCCUCUACCUCACGUGAAAUAAGUAUUUUAUAUGGUUUUACUAUAAAACAAGACUCAUCUAUCUGGUCACUUAGUUUACAAAUUUUGGAUUAUAUUUAUUGAAACAUGACAUACUGUGCUCUUAGCUUAUACCUCAAUUGUAUUUUGUGCUGUUUUCCAUUUUCAUGCCUUGUAAAUAACUUGUAUAGAUUGUGGAUCAAAUUCCAAAUAAAAACUUUUAAUGCCAGUGAAA